AUGGGUUCUCCUCCUCUGCGCAGCGCCAAAGAAACCUCGGAAUCUGAAAUGGACACAGUGAUGGCACAGCAUCGAUGCCUUUACUACCUGAAGAACAGGAUGAAUUUCUUCCGAGAUGCUCUGAGCACAAGAGGCAGGCUCUGGUCUGCUACAUGCUGCCUAUAUCCAAGACUGAGUCAGAAGAAUCAGACCCAGUGUAAAACGUUUCAGGAGAGGCUACAAGACAAAGAGCAGGCCUACAUCCCUGGACUUGGAGGGGGAUGUUGUGAUUGUAACGAGAUAAAAACUGAGAGGAAUCAUUUUAAAACGGGUGGCCGUAUCGUUUUCUGCGAGCGGCUACGACUCAUUCCGGCCGUCGAUUUAUUGGAAGUGUUCCCGGGAGGAAGAGUGGUGGCGCUGGACGUGGGCUGUAAUUGUGGGGAUUUCAGCGUUGCCGUGUACAAACAUCUUUAUGAUCUAAAGGAAAACCGGAUGUGGAUUUCCCCAGAUAGACUGGACCUGAAGCUACUUGGUUGUGACAUCGAUCCUGACCUGAUUCGAAGAGCCACUGAAUCCAAUUCCUUUCCUGAAUCCAUUUCGUAUGUUACACUGGAUGUUAUGGAUUCUGCUUCCCGCGAGGCCGUAUUAAAGCCUUACUUGGAGAAAUUAGACCGUACUUGCUUUGAUAUUUGUUUUUGUAUGUCCGUGACAAUGUGGAUCCAUCUCAAUCACGGUGACCAGGGGCUACUGGAUUUCCUUUUGUAUGUUUCAGGACUUUGCAAAGCUUUACUGAUUGAACCACAACCCUGGAAGUGCUACCGAGCUGCAGCCCGCAGGCUGCGCAAGCUGGGCAAAAGCAGAUUUAACCACUUCAGUACACUCUCUAUUAAAGGGGAUAUGGCCCACAAGAUUCAGCAGUUCCUGACAACUGACUGCAAUAUGGAACUAGUCAGGUGUUUUGGGAGCACCAAUUGGGACAGGAGUUUACUGCUUUUUAAAAAACGUUCCUUGAGCCAAGAAUGAAUAAACCGACAUUUCUAGUAAUUGACGAAGCAUUUUAUUUUGCAUUUAAAAUUAAAAUCUUUUAUAUAACUACACUAAACAGUCUGUUUUUAAUGGUCUUGCCUGAAUUUGUUAUCGAUGAAGCUGAGAAUUGUCAUUGGUAUGUAAAGUACAUAGAUGUUGGAAAUCUGAAAUGUAACAAAGUCCUGGCAUCAGUGGCGAAAGAAACAGUUAAUGUUUUGAGCCCAUCAAGACUUCUUGGUUCAAAACAGUCAUAUUGGACUCAAUGUUAACUCUGUUUCUCUCUGCAGAUGUUGCAAGAACUGUUGAAUUUCUGCAAAACUUGAUUUACCUCAUUCUCACUGGUUCAAAUGUCACAAUUUCCAGGUUAGUGAGAGUGUUGUCCAGCCAUACUGCAAUGUUUUUCCUGCAUU